AUGUUGCUAUUUGUUAUCAUUGGAAUUGCUUUGGCUCAUUUAAGAAGAGAUGAGCCAAGAGGAAACCCACUGUACUUCAGGAAUACGGUCAAAAAGAGUAUUUCAUGUACCAGGUGUGUUCCAAAGAUAUGCAAUUUGGACACGAAUAACUUGGAUACAAUAGUAUUGGACUUGGAUCACACUCUUGUACACAGUGUGAGACAUAGAGACAUGAUGGAUGCAUGCGAGUGCCCUAAAGUGCAGAAUAUACAGGUAACUGAUACUCGUAUCAUUUUUAUUAGACCAAUGGCAGUAGCAUUUCUAAAGGAAUUGAGGAGAUUGAACCUGAAUAUCAUUCUAUUCACUCUGGGAAGUGAUGAAUACGUGAGUCAAGUACUGGAUAGUGCAAAUAUAAGAGAUUUCUUCAGCAGAAUUUACACCAGAAGACAGGCAUUCAGGUUCAAUACACAAUAUUGUAUAAAAUGCAUCAAAGACUGUGAUAUUUUGGGGGAUAUCGGGGAUUACCUGAUUGUAGAUGACAAUUUGGCGUAUUUUGGUAACCAAAAUGAGUCUGUAAUGAAGAUGAAGAGAUUCAGCAUGUACAAUACAGAAGAUUGCGACCUAAUGGCUGCAUUGGCCGUCAUAAAUGACAUCAAAAGUGGCAAAAUAUCCAAAAGAGAGGGACUGAGACUGUUCAAUGGUAGAAACUAA